UUUUGGCAACGUCUCCAGGCGCUGUUUUGGAAUCAAUAAAGACGGGAGAAGAGAAAAGAUAAAGACUCUGUUCCACUGCGGACAACUUUCUUCUUCAGAUCUCCACAGUACCUCUCGCCGUUUCUCCGAUUGUACGGCCAUCUCCGCCGUCGGUUCCACUCAGUAGAUCUCUCAUUUCCUCUGCCGGGACCGACCAUUUCCGCCGUCGAUCAGAAAAAACCGAAACUUGAAGCACCUGGACGCCGGCGGCGAUGGCACCCAGUACAAUUCGGAAGGCGAUCGGGGCGGUGAAGGAUCAAACGAGCAUCAGCAUUGCAAAAGUCGCCGGAAACAUGGCGCCGGACCUGGAAGUCUUAAUCGUGAAGGCGACGAGCCACGACGACGACCCAGCGGGCGAGAAAUACAUCAAGGAGAUUCUCAAUCUCACUUCGUUGUCAAGGGGAUACGUUAACGCGUGCGUGAUUACCAUUUCCAAGCGCUUGAACAAGACCCGCGAUUGGAUCGUGGCGCUGAAGGCGUUGAUGCUCGUGCAUAGGCUGUUGAGCGAUGGGGGUUGGGUUUUUCAGGAGGAGAUUCUGUAUGCCACUCGGAGAGGGACUCGGCUUUUGAACAUGUCCGGGUUUCGAGACGAGGCGCAUUCGAAUUCGUGGGAUCAUUCCGGAUUUGUCAGAACUUAUGCUCUGUAUCUCGAUCAGAGGGUUGAGUAUAUGGCGUAUGAGAGGAAAUUGAGUAGCGGCGCCGCCACCGAUGAUCGGCCUCGGAGGGAGUAUGAAUCUGGGUAUGGAGAAAAUUUCAGGGGGGAUGAACCCAAUUACGGGAUGCGGCGGAGAUCGAGAUCUUAUGGCGAUGUGAAUGAGGUAGACGGGCAGGAGCAGAGGAAAGAGGUGACUCCGGUGAGGGAGAUGAAACCUGAGAGGGUUUUGGAGAAGAUGAUUCAACUACAGCGGCUUCUUGAUCGAUUCUUGGCUUGUCGGCCGACGGGUUCCGCCAAGAACACAAGGAUGGUGCUCAUUGCGCUUUACCUGAUCGUGAAGGAAAGUUUCAAGCUUUAUGUUGACAUAUGCGAGGCAUUGGCAGUGCUAUUGGAUCGGUUUCUGGAGAUGGAGUACCAAGAUUGUGUUAAGGCUUUUGAGGUUUAUGUUAGGGCUGCUAAGCAGAUUGAUGAGCUUGUGGGGUUUUAUGGUUGGUGCAAGGACAUUGGGGUUGCGAGGUCUUUGGAGUACCCGGAAGUGCAGAGAAUCACUGACAAGCUUUUGGAGACACUGGAGGGGUUUUUGAGGGAGAGGGCAAAUAGGCCAAAGAGCCCUGAGAGAAGGGUGGAGGUGAACCAACCGGUGGUUAAGGAGGAGGAGGAGCCACAAGUGGAUACAAAUGAGAUAAAGGCCCUUCCUCCGCCGGAGAAUUAUACUCCUCCACCACCAUCUGUGCCCCAACCUAAGCCUCAGCCUCAACAGGAGACGGAAGACUUGGUGAAUCUGAGGGAUGAAGCUGUUACCGCCGAUGCCCAGGGUAACAAACUGGCCUUGGCUCUAUUCUCUGCACCACAAGCUUCGAAUGCAAAUGGCUCAUGGGAAGCAUUCCCAUCGAAUGGAGAGCCUGUAGUCACCUCGGCAUGGCAGACACCUGCGGCUGAGACUGGUAAAGCAGACUGGGAAUUGGCACUGGUGGAGUCGGCUAGCAAUCUAUCCAGACAGAAAGCUGCAUUGGCAGGAGGGUUUGAUCCAUUGCUGUUGAAUGGCAUGUAUGAUCAGGGGGCAGUGAACCAGCACACCAGUACGGCUCAAAUGACCGGUGGGAGCGCGAGCAGUGUGGCCUUGCCUGGAUCAGGCAAGAGUGCAACCCCAGUUUUGGCACUGCCCGCUCCGGAUGGCACUGUCCAAACCGUGGGGCACGACCCAUUUGCUGCAUCUCUUGUGGUGCCGCCUCCCUCUUAUGUGCAAAUAGCAGACAUGGAGAAGAAACAGCAGCUGCUUGUGCAGGAACAGCAAGCGUGGCAGCGGUAUGGAAGGGAUGGAAUGCAAGGCCAAGUGGGUUUGAAUAAGAUUGGUGGGGGCUUUGCCCCCUACGGCGGCGCUGCUCCACAACCGAUGACGCCUUAUGGGAUGCCCCCGGUCUAUGGCAUGGGACAACCAGGAGGGUAUUACUACACUCCCUAUUGAUGAUUACUCAUGAACUGGAUGAAUUUGUCCCUGCUAGAAUAUGUACACAAGAGUAUACCUAUGCUUACCUUUUCUAUUCUUUUGAAGACUUCAGAUAUUCUCUACAGAUUUCCUUUGUUCAAUUUGUGUAAAUUUUUGCACCAGAGGGAGUGAAAGAAUGGAGGUUUGAUGUUGUAGAGACCGAAGGAUGAUGUGUUAUUGUUUCAAUAUUGUUUUCCAAAAUAUUUAUAUAUUAUACAUACUAUGUAAUUCAAAUUGCUUGUAGGUUGUUGACAACUGAUUCUGCAAGCUUGCUUCAUGCUUUUGGGAAACAAUCUUCUUGUAAAUAUUCACUGGCAAGUGGCAAGGUAUCUAAUUCUUGUAA